CGCGUUAUACCAUCUUCUCCCUUAUCGACCUUUUCUUUUUUCUUUUAAAUAAAACAAUCCACGCAGUAGUACACAAACACAACAGCCAAUCGUCAGUUGACAGACAAACCCCAUAAUUCCCAUAAGGAAGUCUCCAUCACCCUCUCUACUCAAACUGCAAAAACCCAUUUUUUUAAUUAACUCGGGUGUAUGACAGCUGAUUUAAGAUUAUAGCGGCUGUGCUCUUCUUUUUUGGGGGGUUCGAUUGGGAAUUUUGACAAACACCACCAAGAUGCACGCCAAGACAGACUCCGAAGUCACCAGCCUCGCACCAUCUUCUCCCACUAGAUCUCCCCGCCGCCCGGUGUACUACGUACAGAGUCCAUCACGGGACUCUCAUGAUGGGGAGAAAACGGCCACAUCUUUCCAUUCCACCCCGGUGCUUAGCCCCGCCGGAUCUCCACCUCAUUCUCACUCUUCCGUUGGUCGCCACUCUCGUGAGUCCUCUUCCAGCAGGUUUUCUGGGUCGUUGAAACCCGGAUCCCGGAAGAUCAAUCCUAAUGAUGCGUCGAGAGGCGGUCAGGGAAAGGGACAGAAGCAAUGGAAGGAGUGUAUGGUGAUUGAAGAAGAGGGACUUCUGGAAGAUGAAGAGCGUGAAAGGGGUCUUCCUCGUCGCUGCUAUUUUCUUAUUUUUGUGUUGGGUUUCUUUGUUCUGUUUUCUAUGUUCUCUUUAAUUCUCUGGGGUGCCAGCAAGCCGCAGAAGCCCAAGAUUACAAUGAAGAGUAUAACCUUUGAGCAGUUCAGCAUCCAAGCGGGCUCAGAUUCCACAGGAGUAGCAACUGAUAUGAUCACAGUCAACUCCACAGUGAAGAUGAUCUAUCGUAACACAGGAACAUUUUUCGGAGUCCAUGUAACAUCUACACCUGUAGAUCUGUCCUAUUCUGAGAUCACCAUAGCCUCAGGAAACCUAAAGAAAUUUUACCAAUCAAGGAAAAGCCAAAGAUCAGUGGCAAUAUCUGUAAUGAGCAAUAAAAUCCCUCUGUAUGGAAGUGGAGCAGGUCUCAGCAGUUCAACGGGGACGGCUACAUUGCCAGUGCCACUGAAAUUGAACUUCAUUGUGAGAUCAAGAGCUAACGUUUUGGGAAAACUGGUUAAGCCCAAAUUCUACAAAAGAAUCGAAUGUGAUGUUACUUUUGAUGCAAAGAAGCUCAAUAGCCCAAUAUCGCUCAAGAAAUCUUGCACAUAUGAUUAGUUGAUGAUAUUAGCAGAGCAGCCGCAUCAAGAUGAUGAAUUUUACAUUUUUAAUUUUCCCCUUUAGUUAUUGUUUGUUUCUUUUCGUGGAAAUGAGAAACAGCUAAGCUAAGCGGGCAGCUUUGAAAGUGCAUGGGCAAGGAAUGGAAGGAAUAUGGUUUAGACUUUUUGGCUGCCCAAGUGCCCGUAGAGCGUGGAAACAGGCUGGAUUGAUUCGGUUGUGACAUGUGAUUGUGAGUGAUAACUUUUAUUUCAUUUCUUUUCAAUAUACAUUACAUAUAUUUUAUUUAUUAAUGUUAAAUAAGAAACUAUUUGCCAAAUUAGUAUCAUUUGACUUAUUCUUUGUGAAUUUGUACUUGUUAGUCUCAUCCAUGUAAUGUAAUGUAAUAAUAUCAUUCAUCAAGUUAUUAAAAUUUUCUGCAA